AUGAUGAAAGAUGAGGAUAGAAUGGAAAAUCAUGGUCUUAUUACAUUAGUAUUCUCAUAUCUUCAAACAUGGCAUCAAACAAAAAGCAAUCGAGGCAAACAUAAACAGUUAAUUUUGAAUAAACAUAUAUUGACUGUGAAACAAUAUAUCACUGGAAGAGAUUGUGAAAGAAAAGUAUUAAUUGCCUUGGAAUUUUUUUUUAAUAAGCUCAAACAAAGAGGACCAACAGAAGUUGAAAUGAUGACAAUGUUGUUACAAUUAUUUUUCGAUCAUUAUUGUAUUUCAAUGCCUGAAAUAAUCGAUUGGUAUUCAAAUGAGAAAUUUAUCGAUCAACUCAUUGGUCAAAAAGUUGAUAAAUGUUGGGCCGAACCUUUUAUCAAUCAACAUGGCUAUUCGAUCAAAUUUACGAAUCCAGCAGUAAAUGAACUAAUAAAUUCAAUUCCAAGUUCACCUAGAACCUCGUCAGUAAGUACAGAACAAAGUUCAACCCAAUCUAAUUGGAAAACGCCUCAAUAUGUUCGUAUUCGUAAACCAUUUAAAAACUUGGUAAAAUUUUUUAAAAAUCUAUCUGAUACAAGUGAUGUAACAAUUCAUCAAUAUGUCGAAAUACAACAUAGAAAAAACAUUGACCAUCGUGUAAUAAUGAUUGUUCGAUGUUAUUUAAAAGCUUGGAAUGAAUGUGUUUCGAACGAGAAAAAUAAAUUUUUGUUGAGUCGAGUGUCAAUUAUUGAAUAUUACAAAAAUGAUCCUGAUUUUGAAAUGCAAAUCUUAUUUGCUAUUGAAAUAUUUCUUUUACAAAAUAAGAAAAAUGAUAAUUGGUCAAUAGAAACAAUAUCAACAUUACUUCAGUUUUUUCUUGAUCAAAAUUGUAUUAAAAAAGAAACAAUUCUCAAAUGGAAUUCAGAUGGCCAUUUCUAUAAUGACGUUUACUACAAAGAAACAAAAGGUUUUGCCCAAUCAUUCAUUCAGCAACUAAUGUUACGAAAUUAA